CACGAAUUCUCGGACCUUGUGAUGAAUGCAAUCUUUUCGGAAGGACAGUUGAACAGGCAAAAACCUCCACUGAACAAGUGAAUUAACUGUAACGAGCCGUUUCAGAGGAAAGUCCCUCCUAUUACUACUGAUACUAUUUCACGUUUUCAAGUUAUGGCGUUUGCCUUGUCAUCGUAAAUACUAGUUAACGCUGCCGUCACUCAUCUGGAAAAUGAUUGUAUAUCCCGUAAAGGAAUCAUUAAUUUCAAACUUAAAUGGAUAUACAUUGUUACUGCCAUCAGUAAGUGUUGGUAAUGUGGGUCAGUUGGCUGUUGAUAUUCUCAUCUCUUCACUGCCUUCAGAAAAGAUUGGUCUUGUCCAUCACCCAGCCUUAUAUCCUCUUGUAGGUGGUGAUCCAUAUAAUGAAUCAUCCAAAGAAGUCACAACAAGUGCUGAUCUUCACCUUAUAGAACAAAAGAAUCUUGUUGUGAUGCAAAUUAGAUCGCCUCUUAUCAAGAAAGAAAAAAAAAAUUUCAUAACAGAAAUCAUGACUUGGUGCAAAGAAGUUGGUAUUAGAAGUAUUGUAAUGUUAGCUUCUUGCAAUGCAUAUGAACGGAGGAAUUACAAUCAGUUAACUGGAUCCCAGCUUCGAUAUUUGACUACUACACCAGAGGAUGGUGAAGUAUUAAGAUCACUAGGGGCAAGUGAGUUAGAAGAACAUGAAGAUGAAUUCGGAAGAAAGCAUCAUUUUUUAUCUGGAAGUGGGUUUGUUAAGCACUUCAUGGAAAUCAGUGACUUGCCCUUGACUGUACUCUUCAAAUUUGUUGAUGAAGGUGACAAUACACAUGAUGCCAUUGUUCUAGCUACAUACUUUAAUUCUUGGAAAAAGGAAAGUAAUAUGCAGUGGAAGUUGCCAUUUUCAUGGAGAAACAUGUUUGGUGGACCUGCACCCUCAAAUAUAUAUUAGGGCAGAUUAUCCAAAUCAAGGAGUUUUAUUGAUGGGGUAAUUAAUAAUAUAUGAACAUGUUUAAAUUGAAGUGUAAAAGCUGGGUUUUUUUCAGUGAAGCAAUUAGUAUUUAUUAAAUCCAAGAAAAACUCAGAUAUUUUUUAUGGCUUGAUGACUGGUAUUUUUUGUGAUUAAAUAACUGAAGAUCUCAUUCAAAAUUCUGUUAUUUUUGGUAUCCUUUUACAGGCAUGUUAUAUGAAAAAUAAAAGCAUACCAAACCA